AUGAAGAUACUUGCCAUCGGGGCGUCGAGAAACAUUGGCUACUAUGCCUCGAUUCGUCUCCUAGAGAAAGGCGCGACGAUCACCUUCCUGCUCAGAUCACCAUCCGUAUUCGACAACGACGAAAAGAUCCAGGGCUACAUCGCAUCAGGGAAAGCGAGGCUCGUCAAGGGCGACGCGCUGGUUAAGGAGGACGUGCGGCGCGCAUGGGAAGUAGCCGGGCAGGGCGAGCGCGAAGGACAAGUGGACUUUCUCCUCUUCACAGUCGGCGGCACCCCGCACUUCUCACUCACCAAAGGCUUCCUCAUCACCCCGCCCAACCUCUGCACCGCCUCCCUCCUCAACGCGCUCACCACCCUCCCCGCUACCUCGUCCCGGCCCAACAUCAUCGCGAUCACUUCCAACGGGCUCGACGAGGCCUCGCACAAGGCGCUCCCGCUGGCCAUGCGCCUCAUGUACGGCUACCUCCUCGACGGCCCGCACAAGGACAAGCUCGGCGCCGAGCGCGUUCUCGCACACACCACCGGGCGCGCGUGGGCUGACCCCGAGCCCGAGGGGCAUAUCCUGCCCAAGGGGUGGGAGACGACUCCAGGGCUACCAGGGAAGGGGGAGUUGAAGGACGAGGUGGUUGUCGUCAGGCCGGCGCUGCUCACGGACGGCGCGGCGAAGGAGAAGUACCGCACGUCGGAUACGAUUAUCCCGGGCGCGUACACGGUCUCGCGCAAGGACGUCGCGCAUUUCAUUGUGGAGGACAUCAUCAAGAACUGGGAUUCGUGGAAGGGCAAGACGGCGUCGAUCGUGUACUAA